AUGGUAGGGUCGCUUGCACAAGAUACGAUGGCCGACUCACUUCCAAACGGUGCUACGACUCCCCCGCGACUAAACAGUCUCUCGUUGACCGAGUACACCGCAACCCCCUCACCUCCAUCCAAGACCGAUGGCUGCCCUCCAGAAUGGGAUAUCCCUGAGGGAUUCCUACUUCCAAACGGAUACCCAGAUUACAUCCGUCUUAUCCUGACUUCUCGAGUAUACGAUGUGAUUCAAGAAACACCUCUCACACAUGCCGUCAACCUCAGCAAUCGGCUAGAAUGCAAGAUCAUGCUGAAGAGGGAGGAUCUCCUUCCUGUAUUUAGCUUCAAGCUUCGGGGAGCUUACAAUAAGAUGGCUCAUCUCCAGGGAGAGAAGCGGUGGAAAGGGGUUAUUGCCUGCUCCGCCGGAAACCAUGCCCAAGGCGUUGCCUACUCAGCUCGCCAAUUAAAGAUCCCGGCGACCAUUGUGAUGCCAUCAGGCACACCGGCGAUAAAGCAUAAGAAUGUCUCGAGGUUGGGUGGAACCGUUAUACUUCACGGACAAGAUUUUGAUGCUUCAAAGGAGGAAGCACAUAGACUUGAGAAGCUCCAUCAUCUCACUAACAUUCCACCAUUCGAUGACCCUUACGUUAUUGCCGGACAGGGCACAUGCGGCAUGGAGUUACUGAGGCAAGCAAACUUACAAAAUCUAGAAGCUGUGUUUUGCUGUGUUGGAGGAGGCGGUCUGAUUGCCGGCGUCGGCACCUACAUCAAGCGCAUUGCGCCCCACGUUAAAGUGAUUGGAGUCGAAGCUGGUGACGCCAAUGCUAUGGCACAGUCGCUAAAAUCCGGAAGUCGCAUCACAUUAAAUGAAGUUGGCCUUUUUGCCGAUGGUGCUGCCGUGCGAGCAGUAGGUAAAGAAACUUUCCGACUUUGCCGGGAGGUCGUGGACGAAGUCAUUGAGGUGUCGACCGACGAGACCUGUGCCGCAAUUAAAGAUAUAUUCGAAGACACGAGGUCGGUUGUGGAACCAGCUGGAGCUUUGGCGCUGGCAGGUCUAAAGAAAUACAUAUCAAAGUACCCGUCUAAAAACCCCAACAGGGAGUUAAUCGCCGUUGCAUCAGGGGCAAACAUGAACUUUGACAGACUUCGAUUUGUUGCCGAACGCGCUGGUCUAGGAGAAAAGAAAGAGGCCCUUCUACGUGUCAUGAUCCCCGAGAAGCCUGGCGCCUUUGCAAAGCUGAUAGAAAUCGUUAUGCCGCACUCGGUAACGGAGUUCAACUAUAGGUACUCUGGGAAAGAUUCCGCUGACAUCUUCAUGGGUAUCUCACUUUCUACUUCAUCAGAUGCUCAUGAUCUACAGGCUUUGAGUGCCCAACUUCGAAAGGGAGGCAUGGAGUCAUCGGAUUUGAGUGAUGAUGAGCUUGCAAAGACACAUCUUAGGUAUCUUGUUGGUGGCCGGACGAAUACUCCUGAUGAGCGGCUCUUCAUGUUUGAAUUCCCUGAACGCCCAGGCGCCUUGGAAAAAUUCCUAACCACACUUCGUCCUAAUCAAAACAUAACACUCUUCCACUAUCGCAAUUAUGGCGGAGAUGUGGCGAAGGUUCUGGCUGGUAUCCAAUGUCCGCCCGACGAGAGAGAAUCGCUAGGAGCCUUCCUAGACGACCUGGGUUAUCCAGUCACGGAGUGCACGGAUUCUCCGGUGUACAAGAUGUUUCUCAGACAAUAG